GCACGCCGCUCAGUGUACACCCGAGCGCCGCAACAGUUGCGCGCGCGCACGUCCGCCCGACAACCCACACGAGUCGACCGCAGUGCGAUCGCCGCGGAACACCGAACAGUGAUGAUACGUCUCGCGCGUAAACAUGAGUGCUUGAAGCAUUGGAAAGUCUAACCGUGAUGCAGUCCGGCCGCAAUCAUUGACACUCACAGACGGAGCGGCGCCGUCGCCAAUGGACCCGACCCCCCGCGCCCGGACCUCGCCGGUGUCCAAGGAGAUAACGUGAUGUGACAACGAUACGUGUCCGAGUGUCAGUGGAAUAGUUUUGUGAAAGUGUGCAGCGGCCGCGCGGGCCACCCCGCCCCGUCAACAUGUUGAACUGCACCGACCUGGAGUGCAUCCUGCACCAUCACCACUACUACGCUCACCUGCAUCACAUACAUCACCUGCAAAAUGCGCAGGAAUCAGCAAUGUCGGCCGAUGGGUCGACGACAGAUAUCAAUGGGCUGCUCAACGACACUGAAUCGGAUCUCACUGGGCUAUCGCAUGUCGAUGCCCCGAAUGAUGCGAAUUACAUGAUAUGCGGCGUGGUGAUUGCCAUGGCCCUUGUGGGGCUCAUUAUAGUGCUGCUGGCUCUAACAAUAAACAAGCUGCGCAAGCGAGAGGAGCACUCAGCAUCUGUCCACCCCGCUGAGGUGCUGCAGGCCGCGCCGGCGCCCCCGCCGGAGCCCCUCGCCUUCCGCCAGCAGCCCCUGUGGCAAUUCCCGCCGCCGCUGCCCCCGCCUUACGUCUAUCCGCACGAUCAGGACAACUUGAUGCAGCCAGUCGGCAAUGAGCGGGCGAGUUUCCGCAGUCUUCGCAAGAAUAUUGGCGGCCGCUGGAAGCGGCUCGUGAAAAAGAAGCCCGAACAGGAGGUGUACACGAUCCCUCCCGAGCUCAAGCCUCAGCUGAAGCAGAUCUACGUCUACUAGCCCCUGCUACUAGGCGCCUGCAAAACCUCAAGCCUCUAGAGCAAUUACUGAACACUUAUUAACCUCUAGAGCGACAAGCGCAAACUUUGUAGCGUGAAGGCAGAGAUCUUCAACGCAGAAAUGACCACAACCAUCGACUAAUGGUUGUAACUACAAAUCCAUAUCAUGCCUCGAAUAUCAAAAUUUCUUGUAACACCGCAGUGCCUCUUCGCCCAUAUCUUUAGACAUAUCGUUUUCGCAGAUUUAUUCUUAAUGACCAAUAUCAUUUUAUAUCUUUUCUCAUUCAGCACUCUAUUGUGAUUUUUAAAACUAGAUUUGUAUUAAUAAGUAUUAGAAAACUGAUGUCUGUGUGUUGUUCCGUUGCUGAAGAAUUUGUUUGUAUAAAGAAUGAGUGAUAGUCAAUGAAUUUAGUUUAAUUAAUUUAAAGUAAUGAAUGAACUUAGGAAAAUGCGGUCGCGCAUACUAGUGACGAAAAUCCAAUAAUAUUUGUAAAGAUUGAUUGACGAAGAUGCCUCGUUGAAUGUAAUUCUUUUGACUAAUUAGGGCAUUUUAUAGAUCGUUAACUUAUUGUAGACGUGAGCGUAUACUUAGGUGAGCGUCGAUCAAAUUGUGAAGCUAUAUAUUAUAUACGAAUGUAUGUACUGAAGAUUGAGAAUUACAAUGGGCAUAUGUGUAAGUGUAUAUACCAUAUUGUUCGAUGCAGUAUUUUUAUAUCAUUCGUUUAUGUUGUGAGUGAGACUGAAUUAUGGUACAAUUUAAAUGUAACUUUGAAAAUGAAAUUAUUUUCCGACGUUGUUGAAUGUUUUCAUAUCGAGAGUAGUCAAGAAUCGAUUCCACAGCAAAUAUUGUGAUCUAACAUUGUAAAGUUACGUUACACGCAUGUUAUUUUGUAGUGUAAUUAUUGAUUUUCGCCCGGUCUUUGCCUACUGUGAUAUCAAAAUAAAUUAAAAAAACAAACGAAAUAUGAAUUUUGAGUUGUUUCUUUACGCAUCCUUUUCGACAGUUCAGUGGUAAGGACCGCGUGUGGAAGGUUUACGUUACUAGCUCAUAUUGAGCCUUGAUUGAUGACAUAAGUUAGCUAGGUACAAUAAAUACAGCCAUGAAUUAGUAA